AUGUUAAGAAGGAAAAAGGAAUCCGAUUUGAGCACUGAGCCAACGAAAAAUCAACUUAGCCGUGUAUUAGGACUGGUAGACUUGAUUUCCCUUGGCGUUGGUUCAACUCUUGGACUUGGCGCUUACGUACUAGCUGGAGAAGUGGCGGUUAAAUUUACUGGGCCCGCAGUCGUUUUGUCAUUUGCUUUUGCAGCUGUAGCAUCGGCGCUGUCAGGAUUAUGUUAUGCCGAGUUUGCUAGUCGUGUACCAAAAGCUGGGUCGGCAUAUGCAUUCAGCUAUGUGGGAAUUGGUGAAAUAGUGGCAUUCCUCAUUGGUUGGGACUUAAUAUUAGAAUACAGUAUUGGAUGUGCCAGCAUUGCGAGAGCUUUAAGUGGCCAUAUUGAUAAACCCUUUGGUCAUCCAAUGAGAGAAUAUCUUAAACAAACGUUUCCAAUGCAUGUGGAUUUCUUGGCACCAUAUCCGGAUCUUUUUUCAUUCACAUCUAUACUAAUGUUAACUUUUUUGAUCGCAUGGGGAAUGAGAGAAUCAUCUUUUCUUAACAAAAUAUUUACUGUUGUCAACCUGCUUACAGUUAUCACAGUCGUCCUCACUGGCUUAAUCAAAGUCGAUACUUACAAUUGGAACAUACCAAAAGAGGAUAUACCACUAGAUGUUAAAGGCGGAGAAGGCGGAUUUUUGCCAUUUGGAUGGUCCGGAGUGUUUGUAGGAGCCGCUACGUGUUUUUACGGAUUUGUCGGAUUCGAUGCCAUAGCCACUACCGGUGAAGAAGCCAAACGACCUACAAGAGACAUACCUUUGGCAAUAGUUAUAUCGUUAUCCAUCAUCACGUUAUCGUAUUGCAGCGUAGCUAUCAUAUUGACACUCAUAUGGCCAUACUAUAAACAGGAUCCAGAAGCUCCAUUCCCACAUAUAUACCAAGAGUUGGGAUGGCAUGCCCUGGAAUGGAUCGUUACAAUCGGAGCGGUGUUUGCUCUAUGCACAAACAUGAUCGGUACGCUGUUUCCGUUACCCAGAAUAUUGUACUCCAUGGCAUCCGACGGGUUAUUGUUUCACAUUUUUUCCAAAGUUGAUUCCAAGACAAAAACUCCAUUUUGGGGUACAUUAAUAUGUGGAGUAUUUGCUGCGGUUUUGUCCAGUCUUUUCGAUCUCCAACAGUUGAUGAACAUGAUGUCGAUCGGUACGUUGAUGGCGUACUCGCUGGUGUGCAUUUGUGUUCUGAUUUUGAGGUACACAAACGAUGAUUCCGAAGAGUGUAAGGUCAGAGACAACGGACGGUUUCGCGUAUCUCUCAUGAGACUAUUAUCAUCCAGUUUCAAUCUCCCAAAUUCACAGAUUACAACAAAAAACACUGGUCGUACCUCGGUCAAAAUUAUUCUGGUUUACCUCGUCGUGGCCAUAUGCUUCUGCUCGUCCGUCUCUAUUGCCCAAGCCGAUGGAAAGUUCAACAUGGUCACGUAUGCGGCAUGCAUCGUUUCCGGAGUGCUUUUGUUGGUGCUUUGCUAUUCGUUAUCAAGACAACCACAGUCUACAAACCGGCCUACAUUCCACGUGCCUUGCGUCCCAUUCGUGCCUUGCCUGAGCGUCGUCCUCAACAUCUACUUAAUGACGCAACUGGACACGUCCACCUGGAUACGAUUCACCGUCUGGCUGUUCAUCGGCUUGCUGAUUUACCUGUUCUACGGACUCCGGUACAGCGUGGAACGGUUGAACCAGCGGCGGAUCUUGGACGAGACGUAUAUGAAGCAGAUACGUUAUGAAAUCCAAGUAUAUUAG